GCUCAGACUGAUGUUAUUGAGUCGCUCGCCGUGUGUGCGCGCGACCGGGCGAUGUAUGUGGAUGAUGUGCCAGAAGCCAACAUGGUGGCGGUUGCGCUGCUUCUGAUUUGUUUGCCCUUGCACUGGAGCUUGACUAACCUGAGCGUGAAGCGCCUUUGGGCAUCAGUGUGGCCGCUCCUCUCGCGUAUCACAGAGGAGAAUCGGGAAGACCACGAGAAGAAGGCCAAGGAGCGUCGGCUGCGGGAGGGUGUGGACAGGGUCCGCGAGCAGAUUUUCGUGAUUAGCCACCGGAUCUUUAUCCACGCGUCGGCGCCCAACGUAUUCUUCACCAGCUGCCUGCUGGUCUCUUCUCCCAGCGCGGAGGCCGCCGCACGCUGGGUGCUGGCCGUGCUGACCUAUGCGCAAGGAGUCUCGGUGUGUCGGAGUUCGGGCCCCUUCACUGCACGGCGGGUGCGGCUGCUGAAUUUGGGUAGCUACCUGCUGCACGCCGCCUACAUCUUGACCUCAUUGCUGGAGACCGAAGAGCCCAGGAAUGAGCUAGUUGACAACGUGCUUGUCGCCAGCCGCUUCGUCUUUAGCACCUUCUCUCUUGACUCCAGCCUGAACCUGGUGUGUCAGCCGCUCGUGUCUAUUGCGACCUUAUUGGCCCAGAGGGCGCCGGAUAGCCGGCUCUUCGCAAGUCAAUUCAGCGUGGAGUUUCAAAUCCUUGUGGUGAACGUGCUGUUCACCUACAUCAUAGAGGCAGUUCUGCGCUCUCAUCUGCAAGCCCUCUUCGACUCAGCGGAUGCAGAGGCGAUGGUUUCCAGCUUCCGGCGGAUGCUGAAAGGCAUUUGCGACGGCGUGGUGUUGUUGGACAGUAGUCUCAAGGUCCACGGCAAGGCGGAGAGUCUGCAGCAGCUGAUGUGCCGCAGCGAAGAUCUCAACGACAUGGACUUCGAGAAGCUGCUCAUCGAAGACGAGCCACAGACCUUUGCUCGCUUCAUUGCGAGCUCCUCCUUGAAAGACCUGGCGGCCCCAGCUUGCCUGCGGCUCUCCUUCCGCCAUGGUCUGGACCCGGAGAGGCGCAUUCCCGCGGACAUCUUCCACGUGCCAGUGCCGGGGCUCUUUGGGGCCUCAGCCUUCCACCUCCUGGCAGUGCAGGAGGACCCUGAGGCCUCACCGGUGGCGGAGGCUGAAGACGAUCGGAACCAGGUGCCUGAAGUGCCCCGUGAGACCAACUGCCCGGGCUCCACAAGUUCCACGGAGUCCAUGUGGCAAAACAUGCCGGAGCUGACGGAGAUGACCAUGCUGGUGGACCCCAAAACCCAGUUCUUCGACGUGAAUCAGGUGCACAUGAGUUUCAAGCGGCACUCGGAUGAUGUGGACACCAGUUCACGUAUGCCGACCGUGAAGAAGUUUGUUCGGCCAACCGACUGGGAGACGAUCCGAGCAAAGCUCACAAAGUGGAGCAAGGAGGAGCUGGGACCGCGGCGCAUGAAGCGCAUGCGCGUGCGCUCGCCGGACGACGGGAAGAAUUUCAUCGUGGCGCAGGACGUGGAGGUGAGCUCCUUCACUCCGCCCAACGAGCUUGAGGCGAAGCUGUGUAUCCAUCUCCGGGACUUUCACCCAGACCGGAAAGGUUCGCGUCAAGCCGCAACCCUCACUGGCAUUGUGGAGUGCGACUGAAGCCUCGGAAAGGCCGAGUCGCCUGUGCAGGGCUAACCCAAAAUUGGGGAUCCCUCUCAUUACAAAGGAAUCCAACAGUUUCGCCCUUGCCGAGAAGGUCAACACAAAUCAC